AGCAGCAGGCGAGGCGAGGGCUUUGCCGCUCCCUCCUGCUCCUGCUGCAGUGGUCACUUCUUUAUUGCCUGCUCCCCUCCCCUCCCCUUCCCACGCUUGACUCGGGCACGGCUUAAAAGCGCACACCUCGCUCGCCCUCGCCAUUAUUCCGCCGCGUGCAAGGCCAGUGGCUGCUCCACCCUCGCCCGAAGCUUCAGUCCUGUGCUCCCGGCCAUGGACCAAGGGCGCAGCUAAUCUUCCUCGGGGAUUCUUGUCCCCCUUCGGAGUCUCGGGGCGGCGAGGCAAUGGGGGUGGCUCGGAGGGAGCGCUGGGCUGUUCCCCUCCUGUGGGCGGCGCUUCUUGCGGUGGCGCUGCUGGGCGGCGCCAGCGGCUCCGAGGAGGGCACCGCGGUGUACAUUGUGACCAUGAAGCAGGCGCCCGUGUCCCACAAGCGCCUCGACCUGGAGAGGUUUCGGAGCAGCAGGGUUGCCGCCGGCGGCGGCGGCGGCGCAGGGGAUAACCCGGCCACCAGCAUCCUCAGGAAACCGAGGCAUGCUUCACCCAAAUAUAUGAAUUAUGGCUCACUCCUAGUGCGCCUUCAAAAUUCUCUCCUGAAGAAGACACUAAGAGGAGAGCACUAUACAAAGUUGUACAGUUACCACUACUUGAUUAAUGGUUUUGCUGUUGUCCUCACUCCUCAGCAGGCAGAGAAGCUAAAUAGGAGAAAAGAAGUGGCAAACAUAAUAUUGGAUUUCUCUGUUAGGACGGCAACAACUUAUACCCCUGAAUUCCUUGGCCUGCCAGAAGGUGCUUGGGUGCAAGAUGGUGGUCCACAAUGUGCUGGCCAGGGUGUUGUUGUGGGCCUCAUUGAUACAGGAAUCGACCCAAAUCACCCUAGCUUUGCAGAUGACUUGACAACCGAUAAUUAUCCAGUUCCUGCUCACUACUCUGGUAAUUGUGAGGUUACAAGUGAUUUUCCAUCUGGGUCCUGCAACAGAAAGCUUGUUGGAGCUCGACAUUUUGCAGCAUCUGCAAUAACCCGAGGAGUCUUCAAUGCCUCUCAAGAUCUUGCUUCACCAUCUGAUAGUGAUGGCCAUGGGACCCACACAGCAUCCAUUGCUGCUGGUAAUCAUGGCAUACCUGUUAUUGUGGCUGGACAUUACUUUGGGGAUGCAAGUGGAAUGGCUCCUCGUGCACACAUCGCUGUCUAUAAAGCGCUGUACAAAGGUUUUGGAGGUUUUGCUGCUGAUGUAGUGGCUGCAAUAGAUCAGGCAGCUGAAGAUAAUGUCGACAUAAUCAGUUUAUCUAUUACCCCUAAUAGGAGGCCUCCUGGAUUGGCUACAUUCUUUAAUCCAAUUGACAUGGCACUAAUGUCAGCUGUGAAAGAUGGCAUAUUUGUUGUGCAAGCUGCAGGAAAUACCGGUCCUUCCCCUAAGAGCAUGUCUUCAUACAGUCCAUGGAUUUUUACUGUAGGCGCUUCUGCCCAUGACAGGGAGUACAACAACUAUGUUGUACUUGGCAACAAUUUGACCAUUUCAGGAGUUGGCCUUGCUCCUGGAACAGAUGGUGAUUCCAUGUACAAUCUGAUUGCUGCACCUCAUGCACUGCAAAAUUAUACAACUACUCCAAUUGAAAUGUCCCUAGGAGAGUGCCAAGAUCCAAGCCACCUAGAUAAAGAUCUGAUAAGGGGGAAGAUACUGGUCUGCAGCUAUUCCAUAAGAUUUGUACUUGGCCUCUCUUCUGUGAAGCAAGCUUUAGAUACAGCAAAGAAUGUCAGUGCUGCAGGAAUUAUAUUUUACUUGGACCCUUUUGUCCUUGGUUUCCAGCUGAACCCAACUCCAAUGGAUAUACCUGGACUUAUAAUACCAUCAUCUGAUGACUCUAAGAUAUUCCUAAGUUAUUACAACGAUUCGCUUGUACGAGAUGGGCCGUCAGACAGAGUUGUCAAGUUUGGUGCAGUUGCAAAAAUACUAGGAGGUCUGAAGCCAAAUUAUGGUAGUUCGGCACCAAAAGUGAUGUUUUAUUCUGCUAGGGGGCCUGACCCUGAGGAUAAUACAUUGGCCAAUGCCGAUAUCUUGAAACCAAAUGUGGUAGCACCUGGCAGUUCCAUUUGGGGUGCUUGGAGUUCGCGUGGAUUGGAUUCUGCUGAAUUUACCGGUGAAAGUUUUGCGAUGCUCUCCGGUACAAGUAUGGCUGCACCACACAUUGCUGGCCUUGCUGCUCUAAUCAAGCAGAAGUUUCCUUCUUUUAGCCCGGCAGCUAUAGGUUCCGCGCUGUCUACUACUACAACUCUCAGUGACAAGCAGGGGAAUCCAAUCAUGUCACAGCGAACAUACAGCAACCCAGACUCCACACAAACUCCAGCUACACCUUUUGACAUGGGGAAUGGGUUUGCCAAUGCCACUGCUGCUUUGGACCCUGGGCUCAUAUUUGAUUGCAGUUACGAUGACUACCUCUCCUUUCUGUGUGGUAUAAAUGGCUCUGCUCCAGUAGUGGCGAACUACACCGGCAGCAGCUGCAGGGCCUCCACCAUGACCGGAGCAGACCUAAACCUGCCGUCGAUCACUAUAGCCGUGCUCAACCAGUCAAGAACAAUAACGCGAACAAUCACCAACGUGGCGAGCGACGAGAACUACACGGUCAGCUGCAACGCCCCCUACGGGGUGGCGGCGUCCGCGGCACCAGCACAGUUCUUCAUCCCCAGCGGGCAGAAGCAGCUCGUGACCUUCGUCGUGAACGCCACCAUGACCAACUCUUCGGCGAGCUUCGGGGACGUCGAGUUCUAUGGGGACAGGGGCCACCGGGUGGUCAUUCCGUUCACGGUCAUGUCCAAGGCUGUGUAGAGUUCCUGAUAACUGAAAAGCUGACGCUGUAACGGUGUCCUGACUGAUCAAGCCAUCAAGGUUGUAUACGCAGCGGUGACCUGACUGCUUUGGAGGUAGAAUGACCAGGAUUUACUUACUCGUAGCUGUUUUGUUUGGUGUACAUUUUGAAGCAUGUCGUCCAUGUAAGUAGAUGAGUGGGCUAGGUGAACAAUAACUGUAAAGGGAAUGUGUACGAGGACGCCCGUCUUUUGCCGAAUGAGAAAUCCUUUUCGCAGA